AUGACUUCUUCUAUUAGAGUUGCUAUUGUUGGUGGUGGCGUGGCGGGUGCCUCUUUACUCCAUGCCCUAGUCAAGUUCCCUCAUCUAGACGUCCAUAUCUUCGAGUCCGCUACCGAAUUCAAAGAUGCCGGCAUGGCUUUCGGGCUCGCCCGAAACGCGCAAGCUGCUCUCCAGCUUAUCGGUCCUUCAGCCGUCCAAUGUCUCGAGCGUGCCGGUGCCGUGCCAAUGAAAGGCGUUCGAUUCAUGAUAGCUCAUGGUGAUGCGGCAGGCAGCUUGGCUGAUGAGACGGCCGACGCGGUUCCAGGAAAGAGUCUCACGAGCAUCGUCCAUCGAGCGCCCUUUCUGCAGGAACUGCUCGCAGAUAUCCCGAGGGAUAGGAUGCAUGCCUCGAAGAAGCUCGAAAAAGUCGACCAAAAGAACGGCCCUGUUACGCUUUACUUCACCGACGGGACUACACACGAAUGCGACAUCCUGGUCGGCGCUGACGGCAUCCAUAGCACCGUCCGAAAGCUCAUCUUGGGAGAGGACGAUGCCGCGGCGGUGCCUAGAAACAGCGGUGGCUGGCUCCUUAUGACUCUCCAACCAUUCGACAAGGCUCAAGCGAGUUUAGGACAAGAGCUCGUAGAUAUCGAUAAUGCCCGCGAAUACAGUUGGAUUGGUCAAAAUGCUGUAUUAUUGCACAAUAUUCUGAGCAACGGCGAGCAGGUACAGUUUGUCAUUGCAUCUAACGACACGGAAGUGGAAUCCGCACAUUUGGACCAUUGGCAGCGCAAUGUGGGUGUCGACGAGAUCAAGAAGCUAUUCAAAGACUAUCCGCCCCCCCUUAAUAAGGCUGUUGAUGAGCUGCUUUGCAACGUACCGGAACAUAAAGCCUUAUAUCUUUGGGAGCACCCCAACGCGCGUACUUACGUUUCGGGUCCAAUGUGCAUAAUGGGCGACGCUGCCCAUUCGACAACGCCGUGGCACGGCUCUGGUGGUGGCAUGUCUGUCGAGGACAGCUUUAUCCUUUCUACCUUGCUUGGGCGCGCGAGAACGCCCAGCGAAGCCCUUACGGCUUUGAAGGCUUACGAUCGCGUCCGCCGUCCCCGCACGCAGAGAAUAGUCGAGUCUAGUCGAGCCACAGGCGAGAUGCUGAUGGGGAGGCACGCAGAAACUGGAUUGGACCCGAAGAAGUUUAGAUCGUUUUGCGCAAGGUGGGACUUUAUCAUCGAAAUCGAUAUGGAGAAACACCGUGACGAGGCUCUACAGAUAAUGGAAGCUGGACUGAAAGGGGAAGACACCAUACUAUGA